AUUAGAAUGUGUUAUAAUCUUAAUCAAUACAAAUAUUUAAUAGUUAACUUAAAACGAAUAAUGUAAUAUAAUAACUAAAAAAUGACAGGGCCAUCAAUCGAUAAUUGGGACGUACUAGAUGACUUGAUCGCUAGAGAUGAAGGCGAACGAAAAGAUCAAGAAAAAAUGAAUGAGACGCGAAGGCCGGCAUCGUUGACCGCCCCAAGGAAAACGACGACUGACGAUUGGCUGGGACUGCGGCCGAAAAGCAACGCGGAAAUAACGUCGUACGAUUCGUACGAACCAUCAGCACACGACGGUGGGUUGAAUGUGUCAAGGCGUCAUGACUUUAGGCGGCAAAGCACGCAACAGCGAACAUCUCGUUCGGCAGGCUUGUUGUUCAGCGACGACGAAGAUGACGUUAAGAAGAAUAAGACCAACACCAGAAACGUUUUUGACUCGUUAGCUGAUACCACAUACCGUGGUACCGAUGUAAGUGCUGUACCAAUACCAGCUACGGUCACGACCACGGUCAACGGAAACGCCAAUGACCGGGCGCGGACCGCGGUUUCCGAGUCGCAGACAUUGUCGAAACGCCGAGAGACGUCGCCGUCCAUCACGGUCGCCAAGAAAACCGCGAUAGCCACAGAAAAUAUUCCUUCCUGGUUGAGCGGAUUAAAACACAAUACAGAUGAAAUUACCACUCUAACUACCGCUCCUCAGUCUACUAAUCAUAUUUUAUCCACUGACAAAACAAUUGAUAAGGAUGUCCCGCAGAAAACUGAGAAAGUUGAAAAACUUUCCGAAGAAAAAACAACUUCGAUUUUAUCCUUGCUUAGAGGGAAAGACAGUAUCCAAACUUCCAUGUUGGAAUUGAUUCGAGAGUUGACUAAAAAAAAACAAGACAUACAACAAGCUGCAAUAACAUUGAUUCAAGAUCAACAAAAUAGCGAUCUCCUUAUUAAAGCAUUUUUAAUGGAUAAUAGUUAUUCUGUAAUGAACCCUGAUGGACAAGAAUUAGAACGUUUAAGGUCUGAGAAUCAAAAAUUCCAACUGACGAACGAUCAUCUUUCAAAAAAACAUGAAUUAGAAUUAGAUGUCUUAAAGACUAAAUAUGAAUUACAGCAAAAUGUGUUGCAUGAAAAAUUAGAACGUUGUGAAGAACGCGUAAAUGAGCUGGAAAAAAUACGAAAAGCCGAUAUGACGGAACGAAAUGAAAAUGAAAAACGUUUAAAAGAUAUGUAUGAAGAAAGGUUACGUAUGAUUCACGAAAGUCAUUUAAUAGAUCUUAAGCAAACUACUGAAGUACAAAGAAUUAAAAUGAACCAUUUGGAAGAAGUGGAAUCCAGUUUACGUGAUUCAAAGCCAAAGCGCCUAACCAGCGAAGAAAUGACCGCUAGAGAAAUUUCAAUCGCCGCUCAAGAUAAACAACUUAAAGAUCUACAGGAAGAAUUAAAUAAGCAAAUAGCUACGUUGGAAGGAGAAAGGUCGGCUCUUCAAAUGAAAAACGAAGAAUUCCAAUCAAGAAAUCAACGGGAACGAAACGAACUAGAACUCUUAAAUAAAGAGCUAAAACGAUCUAGAAAGGCGUUUGAGGAUGGUCGUAAAAUUUGGGAACGUGAGAAAAAAUCAGAAACACAAUACAUUGAAAAUAGGAAACAAGAGUUAGAGGAUGUUCGAACGUCAGUCAUUGAUGAACAGCGCAAAUUAGCAGAAGAACGUUUUGAGGUGGCUUCGGAGCGAUAUAAACUCGAAACAAUGCUCAAAUUAGAUGUCGGUACAGGAACCGACUUAAUACAAGCCAAAGUAGAAGUGAAAGAAAGUUUUAAGGAGUUAAAAAGAAAAGAAAAAGAAUUGGACAAACGAUUAGAACACGCUAAAGAACUGGAAAAACGUUUAGCGGAAGAAAAAAACAGAUUACAAGAAUUAGACGAUGAAAUUAAAAUGAAAUCGAUUCGUGCGGAAAAAAAUAUGGCACUUUCAAAACAAGAAGAAGGUUUAAAGGCUUUGGAGAAUGCAAAAGAUAUUCAAAAUAAGUUUGAUAAAAAAGGUAAAGAUAUUCAUAAUCGACUAUUGGACGUAAUAAAACGCGAAGAAAAUCUUGUCAUGGAAGAAACUAAAAUAGUUAAAGAUAAAGACGAGUUAAGCAAAUUACGAAAAAAACUUGAUCUAGUUCUGCCUCAACUGUCCGGGGAUGAAAUGCGUUUUUUAGAUCCAAAUUUAAAUAAAUAUGAAGCUGAAAAGGAAGUAUACUUUAAGAAAACUCAAUUAUACUAACUGUAAGCUUGAUAUUAAAUGUCGAUUCAUACAUUUUUCAUUAAAUCUUAAGAUUUAUAAUACGAUAUCAGGUAAACGGUAGGUAC